CUCAGGAGCAGGACAGAGCAGAGCAGAGCAGAGAAGAGGAGACCACAGCAGAGCAGAGGAGAACGGAGAACAGAGGGACAGCUAACAUGAUCCGAGCAAUAGAGUGUAUGAAUGUGUGCAUAUGUGUGUUGGCUGCAUCUGCCGAACCCAUUAAUACGUUUGAACCGCUAUAAAGGGUCUUCCUAUGAAGGGGUGGGGAUAAAUAAGGCUAAAGGAUGGAAAUCUCAGAUGCAUGUGAUCCAUACAGGCGUCCAGCGCGCAGGACACAAUGGAUAGUGAGCACGCUGGCUUACCACUAUGGACUGGAUCGUGGAGUGGAGAAUGAGAUCAUUGUGCUAGCUACGGGCUUAGACCAGUAUCUGCAGGAGAUUUUCCACCAUUUGGACUGCCAGGGAGAUGGUAAGAUCCCAGCUGAGGAUUUUAGGAUUCUGUGCGAGGUAUUGGGUCUUGAAGCCGAGGCUGAGCCAGAAGAAUGCUCCGGUAUCCUGGAGUCUCUGCCCGUGGAGUUCACCUUCCGUCAGUUUCAUGCUAAACUCUGCGGCUACUUUAGCACCAAGGCUGGGCGAUGCUACGAGGAUGGACGGCUGUUGGUUGGAGGGGACAGCGAGCACAUCGAAACUCAGAUACGCCUCAGGAGUCCCCUCAGGCGGCGCGGGAAGCUGCUUACCGCCGCGGGUUCCGCAGCGAGUCCUGGAGAUUCGUCGUGCAAGGCUGGCUCAUGCACACGGGAGUGCUACGAGGAGAUAGUAGCUCUGGAGGAGGCGGAGGACAGGAUGGCCAAACUGGAGGAGGAGAAUGCCAGUUUGAGGGAACUAGUGGAGGACAUGAGGGCUGCGUUACAAAGCAGCGAUGCCAGGGCACUAGCAUUGCAGGUUGGACUCUGGAAAAGCCAUGCGAAACACAGGCCAGACAGUGGCUGCUUUAUUGGUCACCAUAAGCGAGCAGCUCAGAAGUUCAAGUGCCAGGGAAACCUGAAAAGCGUCCAGGGUUUCCAGCGUGAGAUGGAGAUGGCUCAGGUCGGGCAGGUGGAGGAGGCCCUGCUGCUGAAGCAGAAGAGGUUGGAGCAGGAGCUGAGGGGGUCCCGGGAAGCCACACUGAUGCUUGAGGAGUGUAACCGGACCCUAAAGAAGGAGCACAUGGAGAUGAGGAAGAAGGUAGAGGAGGCCAGGCAGGCUCUGUUCAGUGGCCUGGCAAAGGUGAAGGAGCUAGAGGCAAAAGCUAGCCAGAUACCCACCCUACAGAGACACGUACAACAGCUGGAGAUGGAGCUUCUGUAUUACAGGUCAGAGGUGUCCAAAGUGUCUGUAGUGUUCAGCAGUGUGGAGGAGAUGCAGUACAGCCGUCAGAAUCGCCGCUGCUGCCUGGAUUCCCAGCGAGACCGGGAUUCCCCAACUGGACGGGCAGAAAACGCUCACGAUAAUGUGGAGGAGCAGCUGUUCCGCUCUGUGGAGGGUCAGGCAGCUUCAGAUGAGGAGGAGGAGCGCUGGACGGGAGAGCAGCAGAGGCAGGUGGACGAGGUGAAGAGGAUACUGACCAGACUCUCCUGCUGUGGAGACAGGUGUGAUGAGAGGGCUCUGAAGAGGCUGCUGUCCCAUUGUGGAGAGUCACGAGCAGAGGAGAGUUACACUGCUGUUCUGGAGCUGCUGGACAGAGUGACCCGCCUACACAAACAGCUGGAGCUCAGAGAGAGCCAAGCCAGAAGAGACCACCCAGAUCCUGAGCAGAUAAAGGAUGCCUUGCUGCAUGAGCUCCAGCAGAAGGCUGAGGAAACGGAGAUGCUCCACAGGGAGCUGCAGAUGCUGGAGACAGAGCGUGUGCGGCUCUCUUUGGUGGAGGAGAAACUCAUGGAUGUCCUGCAGCUCCUUCAACAGCUCAGAGAACUGAAUGUCUCAAGAAGGUCACUGGGGAAGAUUUUACUGAGCACGCUGGAAUCCUGCAGCGAUCCCCAACAUGGGAAGGCUCAUAUUCUGGAGGUGCUGAAUGCUCUUUGUCAUGAACUGGCUGCCUGUGAGAUUCUCUCAGCAAGUGCCACGUUAGAGAAAGCCCAGAGUCACCAAUCCCUCACCAACUCACUCCUGAUCUCCUGUUGAGCAAUACUGCCACCUGCUGGCUAAAUGGUGCUCUUUACCAGUGAUGCAGACUUGCACUAGGACCUCCUUGAGCCUUGUUGCUAACAGCAAAUGAAAGUGAACAACUACCAUUUAGCACUAUGCAAAUCAUAUCAUGCUAACUGGUAGUCAAGUCCACAUUAGCUUAGCACUUCACUUCUCAGCGCUGACAAGUGCUCGAGUCGAGGCUUUAAUAACUUGUCUAUAUUUCUGUGUCAUGUUUGUCUAUUAAGAGAUUAGAUUCAUGAAGACAGUUUUCAUGAAGCCAAUGCUGGGAAAAUGAUUGCUAUUGGACUUCAAGGAACCCUCCAGCUCUUUCCAACCUAAUCUCUGUCUGCUGCAUCUGUAUUAAAGGGCCCAUAUCAUUCUUGCUUAUAUUUAAUCUUUUUCUUUGAGACCCACUUAAUGUUUGCGAGGUUUUAUAUACCGAAAACCAUUCUAAUUCAUUUUUACGUAAAUAUUUUAGAUCUUUAUCCCUUAGAAUUAAACAGGCUGUUUUUUGUUACUGUCCCUUUAAGACCGAUAUAUGUAAAUGACCUCUGUUUUGAUUGGCUGCCCUGUAUUGUGCCUUAUUCAAAAAGAAGUCCAGACAUAAACACCCCUUAUGACUUGUGUAUUGUGAUCGGGCAGAGCGAAACUGCUGUUGGCUGAAUAGGUAGUUAUGUGUAAAUGAGUUGUCUUCUGUGACAUCACAAAAACAAAUUAAUUUAAAACUGGCUUUCUUCCCAUGUAUGGACUGAGGAGUCAUUGUUAGUUAAUUAACAAAAGUAAUUUUGUUUUUAAAAAAUACUUUUUUCAUGAUAUGGAUCCUUUAAAUUGUAAUUUAUUUAAGAAUAAUUUCAGCACAUUUCCCUGCUCUUAUUAAAAGACUGAAAACCUCUUUGUCUUGAAACUCGCUUAUAUUAGAAGUUGUGGGCAGUUGCUGAAAUUUGUGACUAAGUAUGUGUAGUACAUGAGGCAAAUUUAAAACUGCAACUUUUCCACUGCAACAAAACAGGUGUUAAUAUGGACAGACAAAGAAUAUGUCAUACAAAAAUGAGGGGAAAAAAGUUUGUUCUCUUCUAAAUACAGGAACAUUUCAUCCAAAUUGUUGUUCCUGCUAACUGACCAUACAGUACUGACGCAGCAGACAAAGAUUAGACUGGAAAAAAUAAACAAAAACGCUGGAGUAUUCCAUUAAGGACAGAAUCAUAGGCUUCUGCGCCAUCUCAGCGCUAACUGGUACUGACUCAUCUCAGUUUGUAAUCAAAUGUUUAUAUUUCUGUGUCGUGUUUGUCUUCUCACUGUCUGAGAAAGGACUAGGAAGGAGUUAGGAGUAUAGCCAGAUGAGUCAAGAUUGUCUGGCUGGAGAAUUUUCUUUGCUUUUAUAAAAUGAGAAUUUCCAUAGAUAAACACUGAUAAUGUUUUCAAAGUGUUGUUACAGCAGUCUGUAGUGCAGUUAUUGGAGCAGAAGAUCCAUGCAUUUUAGAACAAGCUUUUUGAUUGAGGCACCAUACAAAGAACAGAGGUCAUUUACUGUGUACUGUGCAAAAAUCAGAGACCUUCCUUUAUUCUUGAUUUAACACUCACUAAGUACAAGUUCUUUGCACUUGCCUAUCUCCAGGAGAUAUUUGUCUAGCCAUUAGAUAUAAGAUGGGGCAAAGUCAAAGGAAAAAAAAAGUCAGUGAGUUUUCAGAACUGGAGAUAAAAGAUCUAGAGAAUAUCAGACCCCUAACAACCAUGCAAGACCUGGUAGACCACCAAGUGAUGAACAUGUUCAUCUUUGAGAGGAGAAAAUCAAGCUCUGCACUUGCCUCAAAUUUGAAAUAAUCCAUCUUUCUGUCCAUCCUUCUAUUCUAUUCUGCAACUCAAAGAAAGAAGCUGCUGGUGUUCCCAGAGCAAUAGACUGGCCAACCCAGAGAGGCCUCAACAUCACUGAAUAUGUUUGGCAUUAUUUGGAUCGUGAGAAGCAGAAAGUGCAACCAGCUUUCUAAGACUGAACUUUAGAGGAGUGGAAAUCCUUGCAGAUUUCUUUAAACAACUGAAACUGUCCUGAAUAGAAUUGAAGCUGUAAUAAAGACAAAGUGUGGACACUCUUAUUACUUAAAAACCAAAUAUAUUUAUCUGUUGAGGCUAAAUGAAUGAGAAUGUGUAGCUUUCAAUGAAAUAUGUUUUCAGCAUAUUGUAUGGAUGCUGAAAAAUUAAUACCUUGUACUUAAUGACUGUUUUGACUGGAAAUUUCCCAAAUGAAGGGUAGUCUCUGUUUCUGAUGACAGUCUUAAAGGCACGCUAACAAAAUCUGUUUAAUUCUAAGGGACAAAGAGAGUCCGUAACAUGCAAAACAGCUUUUGUUAACCAAAAGACACAAGUGUUAUAAGUGAACUUUAAAAUUGAACAUGGGCCCUUUAAGUUAUCCGGCUGACGGAGGAAUCCAGCUUUGUAAAAUGCCGCUAAGUAUUUGCAAAUCCAUUUUAUCAGUGUGUUAGAUAAAGCUUUAGUUGUGUUACGGAACCCAUGCUACCAUUACUCAGUGCUUAGGCUUGUAUAUAUUGGUGCUGUGCUGGGAUUAAGUGACAUAAACUAUAGUUGUCAGUAAGAAAUCUCUCAGGUAGUCUUAUGUGCAGCUCAGUCGAUCAUUUUGAUUGAUGACGAUUUAUGGAGGUCAUGUGACAAUUCUGAGUACAUCUCCUCCUAAGGAUAUAAGAACACGAAAACAGAUCUAGCCAUUGUCAAGUUAAGCAUAUGUAUGUUUUGUUCUAUAUACAUUUUAUAUUUUAGCUUUGAAAUUACUUUUAGCACUUGUUUUUUUAAGAUGAUAGCUCCAUUUUAGUCUUCUUGUGGGUGAUGGUGGUAUGUCAGUAUUUUGGGGGAAUGAAAAUGACACAAUGUAACCCUUGGGGUAAAUCUGAAACUACAGCCUGACCGAUAUAAACAGUUGGCUAAAAACGCUGACUUUGGAGUUGUUAAUAUUUGGCUCCCUUGUGGCACAACUGUCCAAAGCAGAGGUCUUAAACUACUGGCCACAGCUUCAUACACAAAAGUCAUGUUUACAAUUUGUCCUUAAAUUGAGCCAGAGAAUUUGUGAUUUUUUUGCUUUUUCUGUCCCUAAAUAUUAUAAUUUAGCUGUAACUGUUAUUCUAAUGUAUACCAAUAGUUAGUUAAAUCUGCCUUUGUGGAUUCAUCCAUAUCAUAAUCAGUGGAUACAGUGUAUCAGAUGAAUCCACUGAGAAUUGUCCUCCUUUACCAAACUUGUGUUCAGCAGGCAUGCCAAUGCUAUCACAAUAACAGUCCUAUAUAAUUCUGCUGUUAAACGUACAUUUACCUGAGUUAAAGGAUCACCAAAAUAUGAUAUGCUACAUAUUUACAUUAGUACUACUACUAAUACUAUUUUUAUUUGUUGUAGUAGUAGUAGAUCUGGACAGCAGAAUUGCUAAUAAACAUUGACCAGGCCUUGCUUAAAUGAGUAUAUAUGUUAUGCAGUUCAAUUUAAAUUUAUUAAAUAAUAAACAUUUUACAGUUACAUUUCAUACUAUGAAAAAAAGAUACUCUUCCACUGCAUUCUUUCAUUUGGGCCUCCCACUUGGAGAAGAUGACCUUCAUUUGGGCCUCCCACUUGGAGAAGAUGACCUGGCUACUGGCCCCUCCAGGUAUUUAGAGUUUGAGACCCCUCGUCUCAAGUGUCACAACCUUUGGGAGAUGGCGAUGUCACAUCCCAGUGAUGGCAAAAAAACAACACAAUUUUCAGUGUACUGCCAGUUACCAACAUUGGACAACAUGGCCAACCAAUAUAUUAGUUGGGCUCUUACCAGAAUAUUCUGUUCUUGUUUUUUUGUCUAUUUUUGCUUGUUGUACUGUGUGCAGGUUAAAGGAUUCUGCCCACCUCUUUACUUCUUAAUGACCUUUUCACCCCCAGAAUAUGACCUUCUGACUGCAAGCAGGACAAAUAAAUGUCAUGAAUACCUUUGAUACAUUCUUGCCUAAUAAAGAACACAAACAGCA